AUGAGCAUGGAACUAUUUCAAGUGCUAUUUAGUUAUCCCCUAGGAAACACUAAUUCGUUAUUGGUAUCGUUUUCCUCGCUACAAGCGUGCUGGCCCAGCGCCAAGCCCUUCCCGACCUUGCCACCUCGCGAGAAUACUUGCUUUGUCAAGCCAAGCAGCACUGGAGGUCGAGACGACUCUGGCAAGAUUCUCGCCGCGUUCGAGGAGUGCAACGAUGGCGGCACUGUCGUUUUUGACAAGGAAUACAACGCAUGCUCACCUCUGGAUCGUCGCUUCCUCAAGCACGGCGAUGUUGCCCUGACAGGCACUGUCGAGUUCUGCGACGAUAUUGAGUAUUGGUUACCCAAGACAUUUGAGUUUCCCUUUCAGGAUGGCUCAUCCCGGUGGUUUUGGGGCGGCGAAGACAUUAACCUGUACGGUAACGGUUCUGGGACCAUUGACGGCAAUGGUCAGGCAUUGUACGAUGCCCAGAAUGUUAUACUUUCCUAUGUAGCCCUUCUGGGUCUAGUUCGUCCUCAGUGCAAAAAAAACAGCACCAGGAAGCGCCCUUUAUUGUUUGUCACUGGUGAUUGGGAUGGGUCCAUCACGGGACUCAAAAUGCGCCAGUCUUCUAACGUAGAUUCAGACAUGCUUAUCACCGACUUCGAUAUUUACUCCCGGUCAAAUCCGAAGAACUUUGCCAAGAACCUCGACGGCUGA